AUGGAAAAGAAAAUCUGCUAUUGGCAACGGAGCAAGAAAGAAGUCUACGAUGAUUGCGUACUCGAGGACUCCUUGUCCCAAGGUGACUGGCACAUCGAAGAGGACGCAAACGUGGACUACGAGACGCUGCUCAGAGGAUUACGAGUUGUGCUGAACGUGCCUCGAAGCCACGCACGACAAACUUGGAUAGAAUUUCGAAGAUCACCAAGGAAUGUUGGAAAGAAGAAGGACUUUGAAGCUUCGAGCGAAUGCAUCGCACAUUAA